AUGAUGGGCAACUUGCCAAGUCACAAGCUGGAAAUAAGCAAAUGGAAUCAUCUGAAAAAGAUCAGAUUGGCUGACGAUUCAUUCCACAUACCGAACAAGGUGGAUCUCCUGCUUGGCGCAGACUUUUAUAGUCGAAUCAUCAUCAACGGCAUACGAAAAAAGAAGAAUGCGCCAACGGCUCAACGAACGACAUUUGGAUGGAUAGUGUUCGGGGGAUACGAACAUUCACUUGAGCACGCAUCAAUAGUAAACACAGUGGGGGCAUCAUCAGUCUCAAACGAAGAGCUGUUGGCGAUGAUUUCGAAAUUUUGGCAACAGGAGCAAGUACCGACCAGACGGCACCGAACACAGGAAGAGCAGUUAUGUGAAGACAUAUUCACUGGGAGCAUCACGACCAAUCAGGAGGGUCGGUACAUAGCGCGCAUGCCACUGCAACCAAAUGCACCCCGGGUUAUCGGUACGUAUGACCUUGCAUACGCACGCUUGAUGCAAAUGGAGCGAAAGUUCACCCGCGAUCCGAAACUCAAAGAAAACUACAUCAAGUUCAUGCGCGACUAUGAAACGCUCAACCAUAUGAGCAGGGUGCCGCCACAGGAGUAUCGCAGCGACACAGCUAUAUAUAUACCACAUCACGCCGCGGGCACGGAGAAGUUCCGGACUGUGUUCGACGGCAGCGCCAAGGCAAAAAAUGGGAUAUCGAUCAACGAUAUUCAGCUGAACGGAGAGAAGGUUCAGCCGUAA